AUGGGAGAAGAUUUCCUCGACCCACUCAUGAUCCGCUUUUCUCAAGGCACCAUUUCGGAGCAUUUCAAGGAAACUCCCGAGAUGUCUAUCUUCGACACUUUCGACCAGAUCACAGCAGGAAUGCAAAAGCGUGAGGUGCCUAUGAUGCGGGUUGUGCACCGCGGGGACAACAUCGUGACCCUGGACAAUCGCAGGUUGGCAGUCUACAAGAUGGCCAGACGCGCCGGCGUCUGUGGGAAGGUCAAGGUGACAGUGGUGCCCCUGGAGAGAGCUCAGAAGGAGCUCGCCAGCAAGUCUGACUCGAAAGUGGAUGGACUUUCAGUGAAAGUUCGCGGAAUUCAUGUCACCGUCCAUGCUGAUGGCAGUGUGACCAAGAAGCCCAGCCUCUCCGAUGGACAGCUGCAGCACCGUGCGGAUAUGGGAGGGCAUUGGACUGCAGAGCAGCAUGACAUCAUCUCACGAGGCAUCACUGACAUUGAGGCUGUAGUGAAGAAUGUGCUGGGCGGUUCGGCGAAGCUGAUGAAAGCAGGUAGCUUCAUGAAGGGCACUGACAUUGCUGGCGAGUCGGACAUCGACGUCAUGGUCUUUGGAAGCGGCCCAAUUUCAGAUCGCCAAUGGGACGCGAUUGUUGCUGGCAUCAAACAAGGAGGCUAUACCAUAGAUUCGGUCAACCCUAGAUGCAUUCACGUGAAGGUGCACGGGGGAGUGGACUGUUUGGUCACCAUUGAGUUUGAUGUUGUUGCGCGGCAGCGGCAAGGCUAUGCACCCAACAAGGAGCCGGAGAACCCGUUCCGAAACAAUCGGAUGGCCGCGCAAGCGGUGCGAAACAUCAAGAUGGACUUCCAAGAGUCUGAGGAGAAGGGCUUUAGUGGCAAUACCAUUGAGCAAGCCGUGCUGGGUGUGCAACCGAAAUGUGCGCCAGGCCUUGGGAUGCUGAUUGAUGCUGCCAAAGCUGAGUUGAAGCGUCAGAGUCUCGAAGCCCGAAAGCGACCACGCACUGCUGCACGGGAGAAUGAUGCGUCAAAGGGUGAGACGGAUUGGAACACAUGCAUUGGGGAAGGAGGAUUUCGGAAGGUGUUCAAGGGAGUUUACACUGUCGGACCUCGAGCUGGACAAGCAAAUGUUUCCAAGGUCUUCAAGGACGGGACAGAAGCCUUCGAGGACUCCUUCUUUGCUCAUGAUGUCGCUUUGUGUGAGAAGGCCAUCGAAAUUGCCGACGCCUUUAACAAGGUGAAGAAGUUCAAGCCUAUGGUGCAGGUGUGCAAGGCCAGCAUUUGGCAUCAGAUGAAGAGCAAGCAGCGUCUUUUGUGCGAACCAUUCCUCUCCAAUUUUCAAAGUUUCAACUCCAACACCGGCUGGCAAGCAGAAGGUGAAUGGCCCAAGGCCUUGCAAAGCUUGAGCCAUUUGUCCUACCAUCAUAGCAAUGGCGACUUGGUCCUUUGCGAUUUGCAAGGUGCCAUUGAGGAUGAUUGCGUGGUGUUGACAGAUCCGGUGAUCAAUUCCAGGGACAAACGCCAUGGCCCAACGGAUUUGGGUCAACAGGGCAUUGACAAUUUCUUCCACCAUCACACUUGCAGCAAAUGGUGUGAUGCGGGGUGGUCCAAGCCCCGAGCCACGAUGAAACAUUUUGUUCCUCAAGCUGGAACAAGAAUGAUCUGA